ACCUUUGCUCUCAGUCCAUAACACAGCACAGCCGAAUUGAAUAACAUUUUUUUUUACAAUUGCCUUUUUUUACUGCAGAGAGUCCACUUACAGUGCAUUGGGCCUAACCAGUUGCAAAGAAAAUCAGUCUACAUUUGCGAGACGUGGCGCUGCACAAUUAACGUUAAACUGCUGAUGUAACAAUAUUAACAAUUGCCCGCGGUCACGCUUUGCAGUCGUGGCCACACGUGUGCAUCGGUGGAGUGGGAGAACUGGAAGGUUUUGUGCGAGUUGCUGCUGAGUGGCUGAGUGAUUGGGCUCCCACGGCAUUCCCGUUUGCUGGGUUGGGGGUGGCCCCCCUCGCCCCAGAGUCUCUCGCAUUUCAGCUCGCCGACUCGGAGAGAGCCAUGAAGGUGGCGGUGGCAGGCUGCUGCCACGGGCAGCUCGACAAGGUGUUCGCCACGCUGGAGCACAUGGAGCGCGUGGAGGACGUGCACGUCGACCUCCUGCUCUGCUGUGGAGACUUCCAAGCGGCACGUGACGAGACCGACCUGCGGUGCAUGGCCGUGCCAGCCAAGUACCGUCACAUGCACAGCUUUCACAAGUACUAUUCUGGUGCACAAAAGGCCCCGGUGUUGACCAUCUUCAUUGGUGGUAACCAUGAGGCCUCUAACCAUUUACAAGAAAUUCCAUAUGGUGGUUGGGUGGCACCAAACAUUUACUACCUGGGAUAUGCUGGAAUUGUUAAGUAUGGCAGCCUGAGGAUAGGGGGACUCUCAGGAAUUUACAAUGUCCACAACUAUUGCAAAGGUCAUUAUGAGUUCCCGCCAUACAACAAUGAUACAGUCAGAAGUGUCUACCAUGUGAGAAGUUGUGAUGUUAUCAAACUGAAGCAGAUUCAGCAGCCAUUGGACGUGUUUCUCUCUCACGACUGGCCCCGUGGGAUCUACAACUACGGGCAGCGCGAGGAGCUACUGCAGCGCAAGCGCUUCCUGCGCAAUGAGGUGGAGGCAAACUCCCUAGGCAGCCCAGCCGGUGCCCAGCUGCUCCACCACCUGCGACCCACCUUCUGGUUCUCAGCACACCUGCAUGUCAAGUUCGCUGCACUUGUGCAGCACAACCAGAGGUUUGGUGAUGCCGAACCCAAAGUUACAAAAUUCCUGGCCUUGGACAAGUGCCUACCUCAGAGAGAUUUCCUGCAGGUUGUCGAGAUGUUACACGACCCAGAGGUUCCUCUGCAGCUGGAGUAUGAUUCCGAGUGGCUCGCAAUACUGAAGACCAUGGACCACUUCACCAGCGUGUCUCCUGAGAUACAUGCUUCACUCAAGACAGAGCAUCAUCUGAGACGUAAUUAUACUUUGACAAAGGAAGCCAUCGCCACUGCCCUCGGUUCCCUUGGUCGAGAUCUUCGUGUGCCACAGAAUUUCGUGAAGACUGUUCCAGACUAUGGUCCUCACAAACCCAGAGCACAGGAUCCCAAGCACGCUGUGAAUCCUCAGACAACUGUGUUCUGUGCCGCACUGGGUAUCAGAGAUCCCAACGUUGUACUUAACCCGGAACUGAGUACAGUCCUUAAAGAGCCCCAUAAGGACAUUGUGGGAAAAUCGGUGAACAAUAUGGAGAUGCACGACCAGAAAAGUGAGCUUGAAAGUCGUGAUGGUAAAGUCUGUGAAUGUGUUUGCCUUAAACAUCAAAGUGGCAUUCAUUGCAGCACUAAUGAAGAUGCAAAUGACAUACUCGGAGAAUCCCCACCAAGAGCAUGACACGGUAAAAUGUGGUCGUGGCAGAAAUACAUUAUUAAACAAAGAAGAAAUAGAUUUUAAAGUUGGCUGUGAUAAUAAAAUGCAGGAUGGUGAUGAAAUCGUGGAGGAAGUCAUUGAUGAUCUAUGAAUGUAAAGUGCAGUUCAAAACACUCCCUGUGAGUCCAUAGUAUCUGCUGCUUUAUUUGAAAAUAAGGAUGUGGGAACAAAAUAACGAUGUUUUUGUCCUUUGUUAAUAGGCGUCUGCCUUGAUCGACGAGACUUCUGGAAAAUGGCAGAAAUGCUGCAUGAUGCAAGAGAGUCAUGACUAUCCAACUUAACUCCGCAGAUGGGUUGUGAUUUUCCAGAGAGAGCUGAGCAGGAUUACAGAAUAUAUCUUAAGGAAAAAAAAUACUGCGUACACAGAUUUUGAGUGCAGACUAAAAGAACACGUUUCACCAAAGUUUAAUACAAUGGCUAGUUGUUUUCAAUUAACUAAUUUAGAAAAUGAUGUAUCUGCAACAGCAUGGCAAUAAAUCAUGUUUUAUAAACGAA